AUGAAGGGACUGCGCAUUCCAUUCUUUGGCUUUGCCGUGGUUCUCAUACCGCUAUGCAGCGCCCAGCCGCUCGAAUCUUUUCCUUCAGCUUUCACACCAUUCUGGUCUCGCGAGGAGAUCGGUGAGACAGGUUGGAGAGCCAGAUCAGCCCCACCAGGUGCCAGGCGGCCAUCAAGCGUCUCCUGCCUCGAUACUCCUUCGCCAGUCGUCCGCGUCAAUUCGAGUGGACUCCUCUACUCUGGAUUACGCCUCUGUCCUAACGAGCAGUACAAUUUUGAGCAAGAGCUCUUUCUCGGCAUUCGAUUUGCCAGACCACUAACAGGUCAGCUGCGUUGGCGCAGACCAGUCCCGCUCGACUUUGGCGAUGCGCACGCGCCAAAGACGUACGCCGGCGAAAGGUCGCAGGACGGCGCAACGAUUUCAAUGGCCACGUUGUAUCCUCUGACUUGCCACUACGGUACUAGCAACAGUGUGACUGCGCUGGACGAAGAUUGUCUAGGGCUCAACAUCGUGCGUCCUUCGAGUUCGUUUGCGAGCAAAGAAAGCGCGCCCGACGAACAUCUGCUGCCGGUGCUCGUCUGGAUAUAUGGCGGAGGCUUCAUCGCAGGAUCUUCCUCUGCUACUUACUACAACGGUUCCUUCUUGGUCCAGCAAGCGCAAGAACAUGGGAAACCGAUCAUCUUCGUAUCCAUCAACUACCGCACGCUCCUAGGCUUCAACGUCAAAAUCCCAGAUAGUGUCAAGGAUGAGGACGAUGCCAAGCAAGGCAACAUUGGCUAUUGGGACCAACGGCUCGCUUUGACGUGGAUACACGAAAACAUUCGAGACUUUGGCGGUGAUCCAAAGCGUGUCACGUUGAUUGGCGAAUCGGCGGGCGCUGUGUCCGUCCUGCAGCAUCUCGCAGCGUUCGACGGCAAGGAUCCUUAUGAAGCUCAACAUGGCGCUCUGUAUAGAUCAGUGAUAUCUCAAAGUCCCGCGGACAGCACCCGCGAAGAUUCGCGCUGGAGAGACCAAUCCUCGCAUCUGGCAUGGAAGAGCUGGACCGAUGCUGCAAAUUGCAAGGAAGAUGACUUUGUGUGUUUGAGAAGCCUGACCCAAGAAAAGAUUGCCGAAAGCGCUCUAAACGGCACGGGCUGGCAUCCGCGUGUCGACACUUCGCUCAGCCCUCGUACGCUGCUGCAAGCGCUGCAGGGAGGAUUCUUUGCGAGGAACCGAGCGGUGCUCAUUGGAGGUGUGACAGACGAAGGACCUGGCUUCGCACCUCGCAAUCUCUCAUCGGUCCAACAGUUGCGAACCAACCUGAUCACCCCUCAACUCAUCGAUGACGGCAAUUAUGUGCCCCCGCUUGGACUGUUUCCUCGCGAUGCAAGCAUCAACCAGACUGGACAGGUAAAUCCGGUCAUCGAAGCGAAUUUGGACAAGCUAAUCAGUCUCUAUGGAUUGCCGGAUUCUGCUUCGACAGAGGCGCCCAUCCUCUCUCCUUAUGGUCAGCCAGCGUCGAACAUCAUUGACGGUGUGGCGAACGCUAUCUGGGGCGACUAUCUAUUUGUGGCAGUGACACGCGCGUAUGCAAAGGCGUUGGUCAAGUACGGUACAAAGACUUGGAAAUAUCGAUACUCGUACCUACGUCAGUCUCACGCACCUACAGUCGCAGCUCCUCGUGGUGUCUAUCACUUCAGCGAAGUGGCCCUGGUCCCAUUCAUCAAUCAGCUCUCAUGGGACCAAAAUGUCAACGCAUUGCCGCCCGGAAAUUCGCCUGACCUGGCCGUGGCCAAACGGACGGUAAGCAAGUGGCUCGACUUUGUCUACGAUGGCCAUCCCACACCCAACGAAGAAGAAUGGCCAGAAUACGGAGAGAGUGGGAAGAAUUUUGUCAUUGAUAAGGAGGAUUCUCUGGAGGAUGACGUAUUCCGAAAGGAACAGCUUGACUUUGUCAUCGACUUGAUCUUGGACCGCGUCAAGCAGUAG